CCCUCUUGAUUUGUGAUCUCCUGCAUAUUUAUUUGAAAGUGUUAGUGCUGUCGUGCACCUCAUCGCAAUUCUUCGCAUGUUAGCACGUGAAAUGAAAGUUAAAUUAUACUCCAUUAGACGAAAAUCAGGGUAAAAAUCUCAAUUCUUCAUUAAUUGCACCACACAUUCGUUUCUCAAUAUUCAGAUUAAGUGAUUUAGUGGUGAAAAAAAUCAAAAAUUCUUGGCCGUCAUUCACAACAGAUACUGGCCAAGGCUUGCGAAUAAAACUGAUACGCUUUCGAAAUACGGGUGUUACGCGAUUACAGAGGAAACAUUCUGGACACUGCCAACAAGUCAUCUCUAACGAUUGAAUUUACUCGUCAUCCCCUUUUUGGGAGAGUGGAAUCUGGCCUUCACAAACAGAAUUUUUUGUCAACGUAGCAGGCAAAAGUUGUCACAAAUAGCUAGGCACAUACCCAAAAGCAGCUACACUAGCAAAGACUAACACUGAAGUAACCCGAAUUUUGAAAGAAAAUUUAAACCCAAUUCCUGCCAAGUCAAGCUGAUUUCACUACAUUUAUAUUGUGUGUACAAUUUUCUGCCUCAAAUAUCACAGUUAAUCACGACGCAAAGCUAAAUUGAAACGUACUAUUUACUAGAAGUAAUAAAAAACGUUGUGAUGUCCGACAUCACUACUGAUCCGGUGGUAGCCGACGAUUCAAGGCAGUCGGAAGAGGAUAACAACAAUGAAAUUGAUCUAACGGAUUCAGUAGCUAAGCUGAACAUCAACGGAGAAUCGAAAAAUCACGUGCAGACACCAAACAGCGAUGUCAACGAAAAAAAUGAAAAUAACAAUAACAAUGCUAGCAGUACGAACAUAAGCAAUAAUAUCCUUGAUGGUGGCCAUAAAUCGAUAGGGAUACGAAUUCGCAGAACAUCAGAGAAAUUGUUAGGAGAGGAAACCGGUGGACGCAAAAAAUAUUCACUCGAUCAACUGUUGUCUCUUAAAGAUACUACAAUUAGCAGAGAAAAACCGACGACGAUACCAGAUGUUUGCAAAUCGAUUCUGAAGACUUCUCAUAAUCCGUUGAUGUCUUCUGGUAAAAAUUAUGGGAAUCACGAUAAUGCACUGCUCCCCCCCUUCAUGCGGGGAGGAAUGGACAGCGGUGGAAUUAUGGGCAAUCGAUCAACAGCUCCAAUGAAACGGGUCCCCUAUCAGGGCAGGUUGUCAGCUAAGGAAACGCGAACUGGUGGAGUGGAUGAUAUCGACAGUGGUAUUAUUAAAGUAAACUUGAAUAUCACUGAGGAGGUAAAGCUUCGUGAAUCCGCCAAUGCAUGGAGACCACGGUUUUUAAUGAAACAGGAGGAAGGUGACGAAGAAACAAAGAAAACUCAGGAACUUUUCAAAAAAUUCCGCAGUGUGCUGAACAAGUUAACACCGGAUAAUUUCAAUGUACUUGUAGAGCAGGUUAAAACAUAUGAAAUUGACACGGAAGAACGGUUGGAUGGUUGUAUCAGAAUAUUGUUCGAGAAAGCCAUUAUGGAACCCAAUUUUACAGAUACGUAUGUACAGAUGUGCAAAGAAGUUGGUAGUAUAAUCAAAAUUAGCACCGGGGAUAACCAACAGGCCGACUUUAAGCGCAAGCUCAUUACUCAGUGCCAGAAAGAAUUUGAGAAACACCAUACUGAUAAGGAACAGAAUGCAAAUGAGAUUGAGGAAACAAAGAAAAAAUCUACGGAAGAAAAAACAGAAGAUGUUGAAGAUAUUCAGUUCGAACUGGAAGAGAAAGAAAUUAAAAUUCGAAGACGCGCCCUUGGUACGAUUCGAUUUAUUGGCGAGCUGUUUAAACAUAAACUACUCACCCAUAAAAUUAUGUACAGUUGUAUCAAUAUUUUAUUGAGCGAAGACAUGCUAGACGAGGAAUCGCUCGAGUGCCUGUGCAAGUUGCUCACCACGAUAGGUGGCCGAAUGGAACAAGAGUGCGAUCCUCAGGGUUUGCAAUAUUGCUUCGAUCGUUUGCAGGAUAUUGUGGACAAAAAAUCACUUCAAGUAUGUAGUCGUAUUCGAUUCAUGAUACUUGAUGUAAUGGAUCUUAGGAAAAAUAAUUGGCAACCACGGAGAGCAGCUGCUGCACCCAAAACUAUGGAACAAAUUCAAAAGGAAGUAGAAUCUGAAGAGCACAAAAAUAGAAUUUUAAAUUUCGUUUUGUCGGGUUCUGGUCGAGGAGGAGGGAGUCGGCAAGAUAAUGACCGCCACUAUACCGAUGGAGUUAACACGCCGAAAAACAAGCAGCGCUUCGUUGACGACGAGGGUUUUGUACAGCCGGUUUCAAAUAAAUCCGUUCGCACGCUACCAACAUUUGAUCCAAAAAAACUAAACUUGACUCAAAAAUCACCGGAAGUUACACGACUUGGAUCGGCAUCUAUGUUCCAGGGCUGGGGCAAAAACAAUGCUUUUGCGUCACUCACCGAUGAUCAACAGCAGAGUACUCCAGCGCCUAGUUUCUUUGGAUCAGGAGGUUUAGGUGCUAGUAGCAAUAGUUCACAAUCGUCUGGUGGUGGUGGUGGUGGUAGCAGGGGUGGAGGUGGCGGAGGAUACGGCAGUGGAAACAAAAAAUCCGGAGGUGGAGGUGGAGGUGGCGGUGGUGGUGGCAAGAAACAACUGUAUCAUGGAAGAAACAGCAGUCGUUUCUGAUGAAAAUCCAACAUUGAAAAUUAUUAAGUUUUCCAAUUUAGGAUCAUAAUUUUCUAAAUUUUUUUCAGUUUUUGAGCGAAGUUUUGAGAAUCCGUAGAAAAUCUUAUGUGAAACUUAAUUGUUUCUUUUGUAGCCAUGAAGUUAUAGUACUGUUCAGUUAGUGAGCUAAAUUUGUGGACCUAAAGAUACAUUCACGCUGACAGACUACUACUACAACCUAGUUAUGGUGCACUUUAUUUUAGAGAAGAGAGCGACCGUAAUAUGUUAACAAGUGUUGCCUUUGUUUUUUUUUGUUUGUAUAGGUUUUCCAAUAAAUUUCAAAUGUUCUUGCGCUCAACUGCCACAUAAGCAGCAUUUUAAAUAAAAUGGUGUUGAUGUCAUUUCCGCUUACUGAAUUGAACAUUAAUUACAUGCAUAGGAAUAACUCUAACCGUACAGCCAAUAUUACUAACAGAAGUUCCUUUUAGAAGUUUGAUGAAAUAAUUGGGAAAUGUCAAUUCCAGAUCUAAUCUAAUAAAUGCUGAGAGGUUUUCGUGAGCGUAUCGAUAUCUAUACUCACUGCUAACUACUGAGUUAUGGAACUUGAUUAUAUAAAUUGAAUGAUGCGUUGAAUGUCCUCAUUACCUGUUAAUUCCUAUAUAUUCGAUGGCUUCACAAAAUGAUUAUCGAAGGAUGUAUAAUCCGAAGAAGCACACGAAUUGAGAACUACCUAGGCGAUAAUUGAAUUCAAAAUAUAUUGCAGCAUACGUCCAAGAGGUAGGUUAUGAGUAUGAGGCAAAAACAAAAAUAGGAAAAUGAUAUUAAUUUAAGCAGAAAUUGCGAUGAAAUUUAUAUGGCCGAACUUUACAAAUGAAAUGAAAGCGAGUAGUUUGGCAAUCAUGAAACAUGUAACCAUAAAUCAAGAAAUUAAUUUUAAUAAACGCGUUGUGAAAAGGAAGAAUUUGGAACCCUUAAUGUGGGCUAAUGGUAGACUUAGAAUGUAAACAUUUGUACUUUUUUCCAAUUUACAUACAACAUGUAGGCAGUUGAUAAAAAAUGAUAUAAACAAAUUGAAAAAAGCGUUAUCCUCAA